CGAUAAAAAGGAUAGAGAAAUAUGGCGACGAGAUCAACUGCGCAAGAAGAAAUGUUAUCAACACAAGAAAAGUUAAUCCUCACUGGGCAGUUUAUCAAGCUAUACUGGAAAAUAUUGUUUGCUAUAACCUGGGGUUUGAUACUGAUCCCGCCUCUGCUCGUUUAUAAUUAUCCGGAAACUAGAUGCGCCUACGCUGUAUUAGUGAUGGCUGGAUAUUGGAUCACUGAAUGUUUCCCCAUGGCAGUUACCUCGUUGAUUCCACUGGUGUUAUUCCCAAUAUUUGGAAUAUUAAGCACAGCAGAUACUUGUGCUUGUUACAUGAACGAUACUAUAAUGGUGUUCAUAGGAGGUUUGGUUCUUGCUGUCGCAAUUGAACACAGUAAACUACAUCUACGAAUCGCCCUUGGGGUGAUGAGAACAGUUGGCUGUACUCAUGCAAAAUUACUUGGCGGUCUUUGUGUUGUAACUACUUUCAUAUCCAUGUGGGUUUCAAAUACUGCAGCAACUGCCAUGAUGGUGCCGAUCAUAUUUGCGGUUUUGAAUGAAUUAGAACAGGCUGGACUCUGCCACGUCUUCGAGGAGAUACCGGUUCCUCCAGGAUCAACGGACCCACCGGAACGGAAACCGACCAAGGUAACGAAAGCUUAUUUAAUGGCCGCAGCGUACUGUGCAACUUUCGGAGGUACGGGAACGCUUGUAGGCACCGGAACUAAUCUCACUUUCAAGGGUAUUUUUGAAAGCACAUUUCCUGAAUCCGAGGGCAUUAGUUUCACACAGUGGAUGAUAGCACAAAUGCCACAAAUGAUUAUUAAUGUCUUUUUAACGUGGAUUUACCUUCAGCUAAUGUUCAUGGGUUUAUUUAGACCCCAUAGCAAAGAUGCACAGAUAGCGAAUAUUGGAACCGAAGGAGAAACGGUUACUAAUCAAGUGAUACAGGAAAGAUACAAAGAACUAGGUGGCAUUACGUUUCACGAGGCAGCAGUUGCCGUCCUUUUUAUUACCUGUAUAUUUUUAUGGUUAUUCCGAAAACCAGGCUUCGUACGAGGAUGGUCUGAAGCAAUAACAGAAAUAGAUGUUCGAGAUUCAACGCCUGUCAUAUUCAUAUCUAUCAUGAUGUUUUUCAUUCCGAAAGAUUUGGAUUUUCUUCGUAGCUACAACAAAGACCCCGGUGAGAGACCCGUCAAAUCUUCAGAAGGUUUGGUCACAUGGGACGUGAUCCAAAGAAAGAUGCCUUGGAGUUUAAUGUUCCUUUUGGGCGGUGGAUUCGCGAUAUCCAGAGGCAGCAUUGCUUCCGGUUUGGCAAGGAAGGUCGGUGAGACGUUGGUGCCGCUACGAUACUUUCCCCCUGUAUUGAUCAUGCUGUUUGUUUGUUUGUUUAUUGGCACUAUUACGGAGUUCACUUCCAAUGUCGGUAUCGCAAACAUUACUUUACCAGUCAUUGCACAAAUGUGUGUUGCAAUGGAGAUACAUCCCAUAUAUUUAAUGAUACCAGCAGCUAUAUCGUGUUCUUACUCUUUUCGAUUACCAGUUGGUACACCCCCAAAUGCAAUCAUAGCAGCCGUCGGGCACAUUCCAACCAACUGGCUAAUGAUAGGAGGUUGCGGUCCUUCUAUAUUCUCUCUCAUAGUAAAUGUUGCUUGCUUUGCUAUAUGGGGUACUAUAAUUUACGAUGUCAAAGAAUUUCCCGACUGGGCUAAAAGCAAUCACCCAGCCAAAGGAAACCCAUGAAAUCAUAUAUUUCAUUCUUUCCUUUUUUUGUUCUGUCUUUUCUCUCAGUUCUCCUAUGCUUGUAACAUAUAUCAUGUUUCGUUCAUUUCUCUGUUAAAUAAAUGUACACUGAUUAACUGUGU